UCUCAGACGCCGAUCCUGCUCCUCCUCUCGCCCUUCUCUCUCGGCCAGCAUCUCCGGCAACGGUGGCCUCUCUUCAACCGCACCUCCCUUCUCCUACCACGCUGCCACCCCAUCCUCCCUGCGACCAGAUCGACAGCCACGCCUUUCAUCCCCGUUCUUCCUCCUCGGGUCUCUGGAGAUCUACGCCGGCGACGACCCUCUUUGCCGGCGGCCCGCCUUGCCGGACGGUUCUAGUUCCUACACACGGCACCUCUGGUUCAGCUCUUGGUUUGUAUCUGAACCCUGUCUGUAUCCUAGAGGGUAGAGGGCAUUCCAUUUUCUUCAGUGAAGUGAUUAAGAAUGGAAAAUGGAUUUCCCGGUGAAGUUCUCAAGGCUGUUUUCCCUCUAAUGGAUGGUAAAGACUUGGUCUUUUGCAUGCUUGUAUGCCGCCAAUGGCGCGAAAUAGCAAAGGACGACUACUUCUGGAAAUGUAUCUGCUCACGGAAAUGGCCUUCCAUUUGCAAGGAGCCUCCUUCUGACACAAAUUUCCAAAAACUUUAUUUAACUUUCUCCAAGCCAAGGAAGACAAUGCAGCUUCCUGUACCUAAGCUCACUUUUGAGGAUCUGGUGUUUUACAUUGAUAUGUGGCAUGAGGGAUCGCUGGUCUUCUCUCAAGCAGUUUCAGGUUGCAUUCUUCGAGCAGGUCUUCAGAACACACCUGGCGGCAUUCCAGAUAUACUGGUAGCACAUCUGAAUACCACAGACUGCACUCUGAUGAUGGAAGUCAAACCCAAGUUGACAGUCCCUAUGGGGCCAGUCAUCACCGUAUCGGUUCUUGCCCACCGCAAGGACACCCACAAGAUGACUUGCAUAAUUAAUACGUCGACUUUUGAUUACAUUGAUGGGAAUGCAGCGCGUGCAUUGGCAUAUGAAUAUCUCAGGUUUUCACCAAGAUACCCUUUCAUAUCAGACAUCCGUGCGUGGAUGUCCUUGCUUUUCCUGUACAAAGGAGCACACUCUAUAGAGGUAUUUGGUAUUGAACUAGAUUUUUGUGAUGCGGCAAGGUCGGAGUCUGAGAUCCUGUGGCUCUUAGACAUGCUUGAUUGGAAAUAGAAGUUAAUCUUUCGUUGUAAUUUUAGCCCUUGAGGUAUGUAAAGGAUGUUCAUGAUUUGUUGAUCAUUUCCUGUUGUAAUACUGAACUAGAUGCUUUAUAAUACUGGAAAUAAAUGGCGAUGUGUGGCCAUCUGUUUUGUUA